AUGCCUCCGCAGAUCCGCGCCUUCACGGCCGGCCCAGGCGUCGGCGCGCCGUUUCACCAGCCCAGAUUCCCCUCGCACGGGCAACCACAGGGCGGCCCCAUGGCCGGUAACCAAUACCUGAAUGCGAACAACCAGAUGAACCCCUUUGGGGGCGCGAAUGGCAACUUCAACGUUCCUGGGCUCAACGGCGGCGGUGGCUUUCCCGACUCUGGCUUUGGCGGCCAGGCUUCGAGAAUGGGAUUCACACACGGCCCGGCUGGCCUUCAACCGUCGCAGCAUACUGGACAACUACACCACAAUGCGCUGAUGGAGCACCCGACGAUGAGGCCUCAGCAGAACAGAGGGCGUAUACGAGAGGUGUGGAAACAUAACCUUAACGAGGAGAUGGCGGUCCUACGAGACCUGAUAGAAAAGUAUCCUUAUAUUGCUAUGGAUACCGAAUUCCCAGGUGUUGUAUCAAGACCAAUGGGAGGCUUCCGUGGCAAAAGCGAUUACCAUUACCAAUGCCUGCGCACCAAUGUCGAUAUGCUCAAGGUUAUUCAAAUCGGCCUCACACUAUUCAACGAAGAAGGCGAGACGCCACCCGCCCGACCAGGACCAGAACUCGGCCUCGGCCCUGCUGCGCAAAGGAGCGCCAACCAAGGUCCCUUUCCAUACGCGUGGCAGUUCAACUUCAAGUUUUCCCUGAAAGAGGACAUGUACAACGAAAAGUCAAUCGAGUCUCUUCAGCAAGCUGGGAUCGAUUUCAACGCUCUGGAGCGUGACGGCAUUGACCCCAAGGACUUUGCUGCGCUCUUGAUUCCGUCUGGCCUGGUCUGCUUUGACGAGGUCAAGUGGGUUUCAUUCCAUGGCGGCUACGACUUUGGCUAUCUGACCAAGCUGCUGAUCUGCACACCCCUGCCCAAUGACGAGCUCGACUUUGACCACAAGAUGAAGCUGUACUUUCCCUCGACGUACGAUGUCAAGCAUCUGAUGAAGUAUGCCAUUCGCUUGCACAACUCGGGGAUUCUGUCCCCCGCUGAUCCCGGUAGCGCCGAGAUCUUGCAAAAGUUUGAGCACAAGUCGGGGCUGGAAAACAUUGCCGAGACGCUCAAGAUUAAGCGCAUUGGCACCGCUCACCAGGCCGGCUCCGACUCGCUGCUAACGGGCAAGGUAUUCUUUCAGAUGCGCGAUCGCAUCUUCAACGGGGACAUCCCGGACGAGCACAUCGGCAAGGUCUGGGGCCUGGGCAUUCCCGAUAGCGGCAUGAUGAUGGCGUCAAUGAUGAACCGCGGCGAUGACGGCGGCCUCAACGGCACACCGCGCACGCCCAAUACGCACACUGCGCAGCUCGCGUCGUCGACGCCCGUCCACAACCAGGCGCCCGGGACCAACGGCAUCGGCCAUAUGGGCCCCAUGACACCGGGUGGCGGCGGAGGCAUCUUUGGGAGCUUUGCUUUUAGUGGUGCUAGCAGGUAA